UUUAAAAGAUUGCUGAAAAUGACUUUUUAAACUAAAUUACGAUAUGGAAAAGUAUGAUAAAGAUACAAAAAAAGCAGUUGGUAGAGGUGCUUUUGGAGUUGUAUACUUGUAUCUUCGCAAAGAAGAUCGACGUGAAGUUAUUAUAAAACAAAUUGCUGCUGAUGAUUUGACUACAGAACAGCGCAAGGGUGUCAUUAAUGAAAUUGAUGUAUCUGCUAUGUUUAAUCACCCUAAUAUCAUUAAGUAUCAUGAAUAUUUUAUGGAGGAGAAAAAUUUUAUGAUUGUCAUGGAUUAUGCACCUGGUGGAAAUCUGUUUGAUUUUUUGCAGCAAAGGCAGCAACAAAAUAUGCUUUUAGAGGAAGAUGAAAUUCUCAAGUUCUUCGCCCAAAUUACAAGAGCUCUUCAUCACAUUCAUAAUCAAAACAUUCUUCAUCGUGACAUGAAAACUCACAAUAUAUUGCUUGAUAGAAGGAAAAAAGUGUUGAUGAUAUGUGAUUUUGGAAUUGCAAAAUUUCUCACUAAAACAAAUGCAAUAACUACUGUUGGUACAGCUCAUUAUAUGUCACCAGAAGUUGUGGAAGGCAAAUCUUAUAACAAAAAAAGUGAUAUAUGGAGUUUGGGAUGUAUUCUCUACGAGUUGAUCACUUUAAAAAGAGCUUUUGAUGGUGAUUCAUUAAGUAGCAUUAUUCAAAAAAUCAUAAAGCGAGGUUUUUCAUCGAUGCCUGAGCAUUACAGCGAAGAAAUUAAAGAUCUGGUCAAAGGUAUUCUACAAACUGAUCCUGUGAAACGAUAUGAUGUUAAUCAAAUACUGUCCCAACCAGUGCUCAUUAAUGCAUUGCUAGAUCUUGAAACAGAUAUCGGAAGGAUUCCAUGUAACUACAAUUUUGUAAGUUAUCAAAGCAAAAAAGCAUUUAACCGCAAUGCAACAAGUUCUGGAAACAUUUUAUUAGAAAAAGAAGUUUACAGAUCAAAGUCAUUUACAUCUUGGGGUGAUGAAGCUUCCAGACAGGCAGCUGAACAAACAUCAGUAGUUUAUUGUUGGGGAAAUGGUUUGUAUUUACCUACAUUUCUACCAAGUCCAGGAGCUGAUCAAUUUAUUAAGGAAGUUUGUGUUGGAAGAACAAAAAAACUUGGUCUAACUUCAAAUGGUCGAGUAUUUAUGUGGGAGAAUGAACAUUCAGACCAAUCUAAUGAUAGAUUAAUUCCAAAGUUAACUAGUGAGUUUUCUGGUUCUACUGUAGCGCAUAUAAGUUGUGGAGAUCAUUUCAUUGUUGCUAUGACUGUACAUGGUAUGUUAAUGACAUGGGGAAGUGGAGCACAUGGCUGUCUAGGACAUGGAACAACAGACGAUUUGUCAACAGCAAGAGUUGUUGAAGAUUUAGUUGGUUGUACAGUAACUAAAGUAGCUUGUGGUGCUGCUCAUGUUUUAGCACUUACAACUGAUAACCAAGUUUAUGUUUGGGGUAAUGGAAAUUCAGGUAAUCUUGGACUAAAUGAUCUACAAGAGAGAUGUAACCCCACCUUAGUGCCAUUACCAUCAAAUUUUCAUCCUAAGUCUAUAUUUUGUGGAAGAAAUUAUUCUUUUAUAGUUUCAGAAGAAGGAUCUGUUUUAGCUUGUGGUAAUAAUAGAUACAAUAAGCUUGGUCUUUUAACAGAAGAACAGCUUGAGACAAAGAAUGCCUUAACUAAUGAUGUUUUAGUGUUCACUAAAAUUUCUUCAAAACCAUUAUGCGAUCACAAAAUUAUCUCAAUUGGUACUGGAAAUUCUCAUGUGGCUUUUUUAACAGAUAAUGGUUUGUUGUUUAUGGCAGGCUCCAAUAAAAACUUUCAACUUGGAGUUAAGAGACCAGAAGGAGAUUUAAGACCUUAUCUUGUUAAUUCUUUGCAAAGAGUAGAACAUGUAGCUUGUGGUGAUAGUUUUACCGUAGCUGUAACAAAAAAUAAUAAAGUAUUCACAUGGGGAUGUGGAAAACAUGGAAGAUUAGGUCUAGGGAAUCUGGAGGAGUCUACUGAACCUAAAGAAGUUAUAAUUAAUGAUACAAACAAGGCAAAGUUUCAUUCCCUUUCUGCUUCAAACAAUACUGUACUUUUAGCUGGACAAAGUUAUGUAUGAAGUAUUUAGCGAAGUUUUAAAAUGUGAACAUGCUGAACAGUUUUAAACGUUUUUAAUUUUUGAAAAUUUUUAAUAGUUUUGAAUUAGAAAGCUUUUUAAUAAAUUUUUACUAUAAAGUUAUUUGUAGAGUUAUUGAUUUUUUUUUCUUAGAACUUUGAAUCCAUGUAUCCAUGUUGCUUUAGUCUCAAUUAUCCAUUUAGCU